CAUGUGGGUCACCUGAGUGGUACCCGAGUGGUGUUCUUUAAUGAUCGGAGCUGGCCCUUGCCAGUCACCCCUCGACUGUCCUCACAAACCUGUCUUUCUAGGAACGUGGCUGUGGCAUCCUGCCCCAGAAGAAACCCUUCGCUUCACAGGCUGCGCCGGGUUGCCGCCUUGUGAACAGGGAAAGGUCAGUACAGUGUCCGCAGGGAACUGCCGGCGAGGUCUUAUUUCAGAUCUUCACAAAGACCCAGAGCCCCGUGGGCCUCUCCGAGGGAGCCCUGCUGGUGUGGUUUUUGAGGGAGAGGGUAGGAUGAUGUGUGACAAAGCUGAAACCCACACCAAGGAGGUCCGGUGGCAGAAGGUCUUAUACGAGCGGCAGCCCUUCCCUGAUAACUAUGUGGACCGGCGGUUCCUGGAAGAGCUCCAGAAAAACAUCUAUGCCCGCAAGUACCAGUACUGGGCAGUGGUGUUUGAGUCCAGUGUGGUGGUGCAGCAGCUUUGCAGCGUCUGCGUUUUUGUGGUUAUCUGGUGGUACAUGGAUGAGGGUCUGCUGGCUCCCCACUGGCUCUUCGGGAUGGGCUUGGCGUCUUCAGUGGUCGGCUACGUCCUGUUUGACCUGGUGGACGGAGGCGAUGGUCGGAGGAGGAGUGGGCGGACCCGCUGGGAUGACCUCAAGAGUGCCCUGGUCUUCGUCACCUUCACCUACGGGUUCUCCCCGGUGCUGAAGACCCUGACGGAGUCCGUUAGCACGGACACCGUCUACGCCAUGUCCGUCUUCAUGCUGCUAGGCCACCUCAUCUUCUUUGAUUACGGGGCCAACGCUGCCAUUGUGUCCAGCACGCUGUCUCUGAACAUGGCCAUCUUUGCCUCCGUCUGCCUGGCCUCCCGGCUGCCCCGGUCUCUGCAUGCCUUCAUCAUGGUCACCUUUGCUAUCCAGAUUUUUGCCCUGUGGCCCAUGUUACAAAAGAAACUGAAGGCCUUCACCCCCCGCAGCUACGUGGGGGUCACCCUGCUUUUCGCACUCUCGGCUCUCGGGGGCCUGCUCUCCAUCAGCGGUGUGGGAGCUGUGCUCUUUGCCCUUCUGCUCAUCUCCAUCUCCUGUCUCUGCCCUUUCUACCUCAUUCGCCUGCAGCUUCUUAAGGAAAACAUUCACGGGCCCUGGGAUGAGGCUGAGAUCAAGGAGGACUUGUCCCGGUUCCUCAGCUAAGUUAAGCACCUCCUCUACAUGAGUAAAGCCAGCUGCUCAGACUCCCAUCCGCACCAGAAUAACAUCUGAAGGCAGGGCUCCAUUCUGGAAGCACCAGGCUAAUAUGGGUGAGACAAGAGAUCAGAAGGAAAACGUUAACCCAAGGCUUGUAGAUGGAGAACUUUUCUAGUGCCCUCUUGAGUUAUCUGCUGUAACAAAUGAAGUGGUUUCUAUUUAUUAAAAACAACAACAACAUACCCACUAA